AUGGAGGAAAACUCAACAGAAACAGACGAAACAACAUCAUCGAGUAUCCCUGAUAAUACUACAAUGAAUCCUGAUUCGAAUGAGUUAACAUUGUUAACCACAGAACUUGAUAGUUCAGCUAAUUCAACUGUUACCGCCGCUAUGGAGGAAACCUCAACAGAAACAAACGAAACAACAGUAUGGAGUAUCAUUAAUAGCACAAUCACUUCUAAUUACACUAAUUCAACUGAUACCGAUAUAGAGGAAAGCUCAACAGAAUCAAAUGAAACAACAACAUCGAUUAUCAGCGAUGUUAUAGUGGAUUCUAAAUUCUUUGGCAUACCACAACCAGUCGCGAAAAUAAAUGGUUCAGCGAAUUUAACUCUAUUCAACUACACUGAUCCUGAAACCAGGGCAUUCGGUGGUUGGUAUGAAGUAUCAGAUACAGAUCCAUCUGAAGGAAGAUCAGUAGCUACACUGACACGUUAUGAGUUAGAUGGUUACCUGUCAGGAUUCUUCUUUUAUCUAAUUGAUCUCCACCCAUCGGAACACGGUUUCAUUGUCAUCGAAUAUGAAUUGAACUCUUGGAAUUUGUCUGAUUAUCAAGGUGUUAUGAUUGAUUUGAAAAGAUACGGUCCACAUACUCAUUUCAGAUUAAUGUUCUACAACAAUUGUUCGGACACGUCCUUAUGUCAUACAUAUGAAUCAACUUUCAAGACAUCUGGAAACCGAGAACAAGUACAACUACCAUUUACUACAUUUCAUGCAUAUUACGGUAGUAUACCGGAACCUGAUUCACCACCUUUAGAUAUAACGCAACUUUCAGGUUUCGGUAUACUAGCAUAUAAUGACGGUGGUAUAGAAGUUCAACAAACUGGUCCAGGUGCUGUUGAAUUAUUUAGUGUUGUAGCAUACAAAUAG